AACAAGGCCAGGAGAAUAUUAUCGGGUGGUCGUCGCAUAAGUGUCAGCUUUGGAGGAUUUGUCUUCGCGGCGGCCCUUUAGACCUUGUCGUAUACAAUACGGCCAAUAAGAUUGGUUUAUUUACGGUACACCCUACCGUCUCUGAUCGGAUCUCCAAUCAGAUUUGGAUCCUUCUAUGAAACUUCUUGGCUUUUGAGAUUCACAUUCCUCUGUUCCAUUAUUAUAACGUUUUAUCCUCUCUUCUCUUCCUUCCUUUCGGCCUCCUCACCAACUUGCCUUCUCUCUAACUUCUUCAGAUGGAAGUUAGCGGGGACUCUGAUAACUUAAAGAACCGUCCCUUGACUCCACUUAGGAUCCUGAGGGGUCUCAUCAUCUUACUCAUCUUCCUCUCCACCGCCUUCACGUUCCUCAUCUACUUCGCACCACCUUUCGCUCUAGCGCUACGCCUCCUCAGCGUCCACCAAUCCAGAAAAUCCAUAUCCUUCAUCUUCGGUUACUGGCUAGCUCUCUGGCCUUACCUCUUCGAAACGAUCAACAGAACCACCGUGGUCUUCUCCGGAGACACCCUCCCCGUCGUGGAGAAACGCGUCCUGCUGAUCGCUAACCACAGGACGGAGGUUGACUGGAUGUACCUGUGGAACAUCGCGUUGAGGAAAGGCUGUCUCGGCUACAUCAAGUACGUGCUCAAGAGCAGCUUGAUGAGGCUGCCUAUCUUCGGAUGGGGGUUUCACGUUCUCGAGUUUAUCCCUGUUGAGAGGAAGCGCGAGGUCGACGAGCCUGUGAUGCUUCAAAUGCUUUCGACGUUUAAAGACCCUCGUGAGCCCUUGUGGCUAGCUCUCUUCCCAGAAGGAACCGACUUCACUGAAGAGAAGUGCAAGAGAAGCCAAAAGUUUGCAGCUGAAGCUGGUCUUCCGACACUAUCAAACGUGCUUCUACCAAAGACGAGAGGUUUCACCGUUUGCUUAGAAGCUCUGCACAACUCUUUGGACGCGGUUUAUGAUCUGACUAUAGCGUACAAGCCACGCUGCCCAUCUUUUAUGGACAAUGUCUUCGGUACCGAUCCUUCGGAAGUUCACAUCCACGUUAAGCGAGUUCUAGCAAAGGAGAUUCCGGCAAGCGAGGCAGAGUCUUCUGCUUGGUUAAUGGAUUCGUUUGAGUCCAAGGACAAACUGUUAUCUGAUUUCAAUGCUCAGGGUCAGUUCCCAAACCCAAGACCAGAAGAGGAACUAUCUAUUCUCAAGUGCAUUGCAACUUUUGCUGUGAUAGUAUCUUUGACGGUACUGUUUCUUUAUCUGACCUUGUAUUCACAUAGCUUUUUGAAAGUAUAUGUUGGUCUAAGCUUCACAUAUUUGUCUUUUGCUACUUACUACAAGUUCAGACCUUCACCAUCUGUUGGUUCUUGUAAAGAAUCAAAAAGCCACUAACUCUGUUGUACAUACAUUUUUUUCUCAGACAAGAAUUUACAGGGAAGUAAAGAUUUAUUGGAUACCA